UGUGACAGCAAUUGAAGAAGAAGUUUAUGCGGAUAAAAUUAAACUAGAUGUAUCAUUAUCAGAAGAACGAUAAUAGCAUUGUGCAUAUAGUUGAACCGUACUAAAUAGUUCCAAUUUCUGCAAACCACUACGGCAAUUGGUCAACAUUGAGAUAUCAUUUGCAGUGAACCAACAAACAGCUAGAUUGCCUUGUGUCAUCGUGGAGAAGCGGAAGAAGAAGAAGAAGAAGAAAAACCAACAACUCAGCUCGAAGCUCCAAGACCCACAGUGCUUAGGUGUGGUUUUGUUUUGUCGAAAUAUAGGGACGUUCUUAUCGGUAAAGAAUUCCUGCGCUUACGAGACGGAUGGCCUGUUUCUAACAGUCAGAUUAGGAAAAUAACGGUAUUAUCCUCAAAAAUAUCGGACUAAACGUUAUCCAUCGUGUUCGUGUGUGUAUCCAGCAGUAAAUAAAAGGGUCCAAAAAUGACCGGACGACUUCCAGCUUGUGUGAUUGAUGUAGGAACUGGGUACACGAAACUUGGGUUUGCAGCGAACAAGGAACCACAGUUCAUCAUCCCUUCCGCUAUUGCGAUCAAAGAGUCGGCCAAAGUAGGCGAUCAAAGUGCACGCCGUGUGACCAAAGGAGUCGAGGACUUGGAUUUCUACAUCGGCGAUGAAGCGUUCGAUGCGACUGGAUACUCGGUGAAGUACCCCGUUCGCCAUGGGCUGGUCGAAGAUUGGGACCUGAUGGAGCGGUUUCUGGAGCAGUGCAUUUUCAAAUAUCUUCGCGCGGAACCGGAGGACCACCACUUUCUGCUUACCGAGCCGCCACUAAACACGCCGGAAAACCGGGAGUACACUGCCGAAAUCAUGUUCGAAACGUUUAACGUACCGGGGCUGUACAUUGCGGUGCAGGCGGUGCUCGCACUGGCGGCCAGCUGGGCAUCGCGCCCGGUCGAGGAGCGGACGCUGACCGGCAUUGUGGUGGACAGCGGUGACGGCGUCACGCACGUCAUUCCCGUAGCGGAGGGGUACGUGAUCGGAUCGUGCAUCAAACACAUUCCUAUUGCGGGGCGCAACAUUACCUCGUUCAUUCAGAGCUUGCUGCGCGAGCGCGAGGUGGGCAUUCCGCCUGAGCAGAGUCUGGAGACGGCCAAAGCGAUUAAGGAACGGUACAGCUACAUCUGUCCGGACAUUGCGAAAGAGUUUGCCAAGUACGAUGCGGAACCGACCAAGUGGAUGCGCCACUACGAGGGCAUCAAUGCAAUCACGAAGCAGCCGUUCGGUGUGGACGUCGGGUACGAGCGGUUCCUGGGGCCGGAAAUUUUCUUCCAUCCCGAGUUUUCCAACCCCGACUUCACGACACCGUUGUCGGAAAUCGUAGACACGGUCAUACAGAACUGCCCAAUCGAUGUGCGAAGACCGCUGUACAACAAUAUCGUGCUGAGCGGUGGGUCGACAAUGUUCCGUGAUUUUGGACGUCGUCUGCAACGAGACAUAAAGCGAAGUGUCGAUGCUCGUCUGAGAAUUAGUGAAAAUUUAAGCGAAGGAAGAAUAAAGCCAAAACCAAUUGAUGUGUCGGUGAUAUCGCAUCAUAUGCAACGAUACGCCGUCUGGUUCGGAGGUAGCAUGCUGGCUUCCACGCCCGAAUUCUAUCAAGUGUGUCACACAAAAGCUGCCUACGAAGAGUACGGGCCUGGUAUAUGCCGCCAUAAUCCAGUCUUUGGAACCAUGACAUAAGGAAAAGCGGAUGUUUAGCGUGAAUACAGAACACAUUGGCGUUAUAGUGAAUCGUGCCCAUCCAAUGCAACGCGUCAGGUUCGGUAUCUUAAACGAAUGGUGAGAAAAUUGAACAAACUGCUAAAUAGAAACGACUUGAAGUCUUUUCUAAAAAAAAACACACAUACAUUAUUUACCAAAAGUAAUCCCCAUUAAAAAUCGUUACGUUCGUUUGCUUCCACAGCAAACCGGUAAACUAGAAGUGUAAGCCCGCGAUUAGGAAGCAUUUCAAACGUUUUGUAUUUUUUUUAUACUUUAUACAUACAGUUCCAUUCGUUAGGCAAUUGCGCAAUCGUUCCCUGCCAAUUCAUUUCUCUUCUUUGCUUGUAUGCAUGCAGGUCCGUAAUUUUAUCACCAGCUUAAAAGAAAACAAUGAAAAAAUGCUUCUAUCAUAACAGUAUGUAAUAAAACGACGGUUCGAAACAUUAAACAACUACAUUGCAACGAGUAUUAUCGGAGCAGAUGGAAUGCAUGCAUGCAACUCGGAAGUAUCGAAAUAAACUGCAUUUUUUUGUUAAUUUUUUAAAUCAUCAUUUUUAGAUGCGGCUGAGCGUUAUCGGUACCCAAUUUAAAGUAUUAAAAUAAAUUUCCAAACUAUCUUUCAUUUGAAGAGAAAUAAAGCAAUAGCGUACGUAAAACUGUA